AUGGACAUUGAGGAGUACAACAGGCGGAGGUUUCGUUCCGAUGCUCUUCCUUUGGGAGAGCGUCCCUGGCAGACUCUGUUCCAGCUGGGAGAGGCUGCUGAGAGAUGGCUAAGACCACAGGACCGCACCAAAGGACAGAUUGUGGACGUGGUCAUCUUGGAGCAGUUCCUGCAUGUGCUUCCUUUGGAAAUGCAGGCUUGGGUGAGAGCCAGGAAGCCAAGUACCAGCCAGGAGGCAGCUCAGCUGGCUGAAGCUUACCUGGAGCAACAGUGCCCUGUGGCUUUCCAGGAUGUGGCUGUAUACUUCACCCCAGAGGAGUGGGACCUUCUGGAUAACGAACAAAGAAUCUUGUAUUACACGGUCAUGCAAGAGAAUUCUGAGAACAUGACCUCCUUAGAGCUCUUAAUUUCCAAACCAGAUCCAUGUCUCCAGCUUGACUGGGAAGAAAUAUCACAGAUGACUGAUCUCCAGACAUUGAAAGGAAAAGACACUAUUGAUCAAGGGGUUGUAAAUUUUGAGGACCUAACUGUGGUUGAAAAUGUGGAUACAAGAAAGAAUCCUCAUCAAGAGAAGCCUGGAGCAGAGCAAUUUCAUGAACCGUUGCGGUGGAAUGUUUCCUUUGAUCCCAAACAUUCUGAAAAAAUGGGGAUCAAAUCCAGAAGGCGGCAGGAGUUAUCACUGGAAUUAUCACAAGCUUCUAAGGCUAACAAGAAAAUACCUAGAAGUAGCUCCCGGUUAGCUACUAUUGCAACAAGAAAAAAAUAUGGAUGCUAUGAGUGUGGGAAAAGGUUUGAUCAGCCGUCACAAGUUAUUAAACACCAGAGGAUCCACACAGGAGAGAAGCCAUAUCCGUGCCCUGAAUGUGGGAAGCGUUUUAACAAACAGUCCAAUCUUAAUGUCCAUUUACGUCUGCAUCGUGGAGAGAAACCUUAUAGCUGCCCUGAUUGUGGCAAAAGAUUCAAUGCCAAAUAUCAUUUACGUGGACACUACAGGAUACACACAGGGGAGAAGCCUUAUGUAUGUGAAGACUGUGGGAAGAGAUUCCCUGUUAAAUCUUCUCUAAAUAAGCACCAACGAAUCCAUUCAGCAGAUCCCAAGCUGUCCAUACCAUCUGAGAUCAAAUCAGAAGGCAAUACCCAGGCAGUAUUACCAGAAGUGAUACAGGUGUGCACAGUUCCUGAUACAGAAAAAAUAGUGAAAAUUAUCAGCACCAAUUCCCCAAUAGGGAUAACAGUGUCAAACAGGAAUUACGUCUGUUUUGAAUGUGGAAAAUGUUUUGAGCGGCCUUUACACCUUACUAAACACCUGAGGAUUCACAAAGGAGAAAGGACAUACCCAUGUAUUGAAUGCGGGAAACGUUUUAAUAAGCAAUCUAAUCUUACUGUCCAUUUACGUCUCCACACUGGAGAGAAACCUUAUGGCUGUCCUGAAUGUGGCAAAAGAUUUUGUACUAAAUCUCAUUUACUUGGACACUAUAGGAUGCACACAGGGGAGAAGCCGUAUGAAUGUGAAGUCUGUGCGAAGAGAUUCCCUGUUAAAGCUUCUCUAAAUAAGCACCGCCGAAUCCAUACAGUAGACCCCAAGCUGUCCAAACCAACUGAGACCAAAUCAAAAGGCAAUACUCAGGCAAUAUUACCAGAGGUGACAUAUGCAAUUCCUGAUCCAGAAAACUUCAUCGAAAUUAUAAGUAAGAAACCCCCGAUAGGAAUUACAGUAUCAGACAGGAAUUUUGUCUGUCGUGAGUGUGGGAAAAGUUUUGAUCAGUCUUCACACCUUACUACACACCAGAGGAUCCACACAGGAGAAAAGCCAUAUCCAUGCAAUGAAUGUGGGAAACGUUUUAAUAAGCAGUCUAAUCUUAAUGUCCAUUUACGUCUCCAUACUGGAGAAAAACCUUAUGGCUGUCCUGAUUGUGGCCAAAAAUUCAACAUGAAGUCCCAUCUACAAGGACAUUACAGGAUCCACACAGGUGAGAAGCCAUUUGAGUGUGAAGACUGUGGGAAAAGCUUCCGGGUGAAAUCAUGUCUAACUAGGCAUCAGCAAAUCCAUACAGGAGAAAAGCCAUAUAAAUAUCUCUCCUGAGAAAAAAAAUAAUCAGCUAAUUAAACACCAACUGUUUCACUCUGGGAACAAAAAUUGCCUGUGCUUUGAAUGUCAGAAUACUUUUUGCAACAGAUCAGAUUUUAUUAAGCAUGAAAGAAUUCACAGAGGAAAAAAUCUAUGUUGCUGCAAACACUGGAAAUGCACUGAGAAAUAUUUCCAUGCAAUUUUUAUAUGAUUAUUUUCCAGAAAUUCUCGAAUAACUCUUGCAAAUGCUUUUAUGGGGCCAGAGGGGAGCAGUGUGCGUUUGGAACUUAAAUUUUCUGUCCAUCUUCUAUAAGAACUGCAGGCCUCUGUUGUUUAAAAUGCCUUUUUUCGGAUUGGCCUGAAGAAGGUUAGUAAACAGUAGACAUCCCAUGCGAAAGCAUUGAUGCCAUGCUGGCUGGCUUUGAUUUUCCUAGGAACAAGUGGCACUAUCUUCCAGAUAGGUGGUUCUGCACUCCAGGAUAACCUGAAACUAAGUAAUAAUUAUUGCUGUUCUCUAAGAAAGCCUCAUUUGGGACUAUGAGAAACCU